GCCCCGACCCCGCACCAGAAUCCUACCCCGCACCGUUUCUUCUCCGCUGCUCCGUCUCCUCUGGUUCGACGACCCGACUCACUGCUCCGCCACGCCGCGUUCGGAUCCGGCCCUGAGCCUUUCCCGAUCCCGCCCGUGUCCCCUGCAUCGCUCGGCACGAUCCGCCCCCGCUCCACGACUGGUCCGCCGCUGAGCUCCCGGCGCUUCCGCGGCCGGCGCCAUGGCGACCGGCGGCGGCAACGAGCAGGCGCCGGCGGAGGCCGAGCCGCUGGAGCUCGUGCUGUUCCAGGUCGCCGAGUGCUACGUCUACCUGAUACCUCCAAGGAUGACGGCUGCCUCCUACAGGGCGGAUGAGUGGAACGUCAACAAAUGGGCAUGGGAAGGGGCGCUCAAGGUUGUCAGCAAGGGAGAGGAAUGCAUCAUUAAACUGGAAGAUAAGAACACAGGGGAGCUUUAUGCUAGGGCAUUUCUCAGAGAGGGUGAACCACAUCCGGUGGAACCUGUAAUUGAUAGCAGCAGAUAUUUUGUACUACGCGUUGAAGAGAAUAUAGAUGGGCGUCAGCGUCAUGCUUUCAUAGGUUUAGGCUUCCGGGAAAGGCCUGAAGCAUAUGACUUCCAAGCUGCUCUACAUGAUCAUAUGAAAUAUUUAAACAAGAAGAAGGCUGCUGAAGAGAUGGUUCAGCAUUAUGAGAAGCAAUCAUCAGUGGAUUACAGCCUCAAAGAAGGGGAGACAUUGGUUCUUCAGAUUAAAAAUAAAGAAACUGGCACCAAGACAAAAUCUGCAUUUUUUGAGCAAGGCCUAAACAAGCUCUCAUUGAACGAAAAGACAAACACCAAGGAGGUCCCCGUCUCCCUUAAACUCCCACCACCACCACCUUCACCUGUCUCUCCAACGGAUCCUGGAGUCGCUGCUUCGCCUUUCAAAGCAGAAUUUCCGCCCCAAGAGCAACCAGCUGCUGAACCCAUCAGCAGAACCAGCGCUCUCCCUUCCAAAGGUGAACCUACUCCGGAGCUACCAGCUGCUGCAGAGAAAUCAGAGCACGAAACCGUGGAUGACGACUUCGGGGACUUCCAGGCUGCUGGGUGAUAUCAUGUAUCUUGUACAUACAGAAUGUUACUGAGACUGCAUUUUCAUUGUUUGGUUUAUCUUUUUUCAAUCAGUUGUGACUUCUGCCGGCACUCUGUGUUCCUGUAUAGAGCUUCCAUCUCAUAACCUAUAUACAAAUACAUGGAGAAACGUUGUACCUUUUCUUUUGACGUAGCAUGUCAGAUUUUGUA